AUGGCGGCGCAUUUGACUCCGCGGUUCAGGAGGGUUCACAGCCAGAGCGAGCUGGGCGCGCGGCGGCGGCGCGGAGGAAGCAGUGGUCCUUUUCAAGCAACUCGGUUAUGGAAUGGUAUUAUUCAUGCUCUUCAAAGCCAGGUGGAAAUAAAAAGAAGACGACAACAUCUAAGGACGUACAGAAACUGUUUUACUGGCUCCAAUGCUGUUGAUGUGGUGCUGAGCUAUCUUAUGCACAGUAUGUACCUAAGUAGUAAUGAUCUUUCUCGACUGAAGGGAGUCCGUCUAUGCCAGGCUCUGAUGGAUCACAAGGUUUUUGAACCAGUUGGACCAAAACUAUUCAAGAAUGAGAGAGAGCUAGAGUUUGAAGACACAAGUAAUAGUCUUUAUAGAUUUCUGGACAGCCAUCUUUCUCCUCUUUUACUGAAACAGAAAGGAUAUGUUGAGAAGUUGUCCCCUGAGGAAAUACUUGAACUUAAGACGAAAAAACUUUCACGAGCAAAAUGUGAAACAAUUUCAAAUCCCUUAGCACUAGAAGCUGCUGAUAAAAGGAUAGAGGAACUUCUACAAACUAUAAAUGUACAUCCAUCUUUACCUUUAAAGAACAUAGUUGAUGAACCAGUCUGUCUACUUUCAAAAAAAGUUAUAGAUGAUGUCUGGAAACAACAGACUCUGUUACGGCUACUGCAGUUAAUUGAUCUUCCAGUCCUGGAAAAUAUUUUGGAGUUUCCAGAUAAGAGGAAAAAUGAUCAUCUUGGCAAAGAGGAAGAUCUGAUUAUCUCAAAUACUUUCCUUGACAGAGAGGUCACGUGCAGCCUAAAUUUGCCCGAGCUUGACAAAUGGCUUUGUGCAGCAAUUGAAUGCUUGGAGUAUUUUCCAGACCAGCUAAUAGUGAUGGUUGGUCAGCAGUUACUUCAAAUCAGUAACGAACCAAGUCACUUGAAUAUGCACAAGAAGAUACUUUUUGAUGUGAUAGCAAAAUAUUAUAAUCAAGUGAGAGACCCCCUUUUCAACAAUCAUGAUCUUGAUAUUCAUUCAGGAAUUGUUGAACUUAUAGAGAAUGGAAAAACCGCACAAGCCCUGGAGGCAUCGCAGCUUUACUUAAGAUUACUAGUGCCGAACAUCCGAGAAGAACUGCGUAGGCUACUGAUGUUUAUGGCUGUUGCGUCAGAACCUGAGGGCUACAAGUUACAAAAACAAUUUGAUAAUAGAUCAAUGAUCAUCAAGAGUUUUACCAAGGCCAUUUUACAAAAUAAAGGAUUGUCAAAAACACAGACUGAACAGCUAAUCCAGUUACUGAUGAAGAAUCAUACUGAACUCUUCAAGACCCCUUUAAUUCUGUUGGAACUAAUCAGCAAGAAACUUACGAGCUUGCUGGAAGGACAAGAUCCUGAUGCCAGUUCAGGCUUCACCUUUUGUCAGCGUUUGACUCCUGAAGAAUUUGAAGACCAGAAGCAACAAACAAGGCACCAUCUUCAAGAGUUGAUUCAAGAGAUGGACAGUAAUCCCACCAUUUCUCUUAAGCAGAAAAAGAAGCUAUUUAAAGAAUUCCAAAAGCAUCAUUCUGUAGCACUAUUGUAGUGAUUUUGAAACUGAAUGCGGUUUUGCACUGUAGCGGAAUGUUUAGAUGAGCCUUGUCAACUAUCAUUUUUAGAAUGCAGACAUGCUUAUGAAGAGGACUCCUUUUCAUAAGCAUUAAUUGUUAGAGUUGUAUUGUUUUUCUACAGUAGAUAAGAACGUUGGGCCUCUAUUGCUGCUCUAAGUUUAGGGUCUGGUGACAUUUCUAUUGUGAAAGUUGUCUGGGUUUUAUAGUCUGACUGAAAUUCUGCAUUCAAAGCACUUUUACUCUGACCUAAGUUAGUUACUAAAAUUCUAGGUAUUUAAAAUUUUCUAUGUCUGUAGUUCAUAAUUUUAGUCUAGUUCUAGGACUUAUCUACAUGGUGAGUUGGUGUGCAUACAGUGCAUUGGGGGGGAGUAUGUCAAAGUGGACUAUGGAACUUUUAAUGCACCAUAGCAGCAUCCACAUGGAAAAUUAGUGUGCAGCAAUCUAGUGUGCUGUCUGUUCACAUCCUAGCUUGCCACAUGGACAAGCCUCAUGGAUCUAUAGGGCACAGAUAUAACAGUAAGUGUGUGCUGCAGGAAACUGACUUAUG